AUGCCACUUGAGUGCCAGCGCUUGACAACGGGAGGGAAGGGCAACGUGGGCAAGUACAUCGAGAGGGAUGCCCGCAUCUGCGCAGCGGGUGUGCCGUCUUCGCAGGCGGACGAGACCGUCGGCCGCGCGCUGCAGCACUAUCUGCUCAAAGAUGAGGUGGACGCGCUGAUGAGUGACGCCAUCAUCCCACCCAAACCCCCUCGCCCCCUCCCGCCGCUGCGACAACCCUUGCCCUAUGACCGCCGCAACGCCGGGCUCAACACCUGCGUCGCCAAACUCGUCAAUCCACCCAACCAAACCAAGUUUCAACAGCUCACCGCCGAUGUGAAAGACACUGUUUACCAAUCUUACUGGAAAAAACCUCUAGGCCAAGUACCCGAUCCUAUUCCUAUGUUCCCGAAGGGUUUCGACAUACAUGGCACGACGUAUGGAAAGAAAUUACCCUACGAAGGAACUCUGUACGAUUUAGUUAUGCCGAAAAUUCCCUUGCCAGACUUGCCUCCAUCUAAACGUGCCGGCGUGCAAGUGAGACGCAACUAUUGCCAGCCCGCUUUCAAUCCAGAUUUAACUUAUGGCUACAGAACUAAAGUAGAUCCGCGAGGUAUUUACGCAAAAUGUGCUCUUACAGACAAUAGAGUAGUCGAAGGUACAGCGGAGCGAACUUGCAAUAAUUUUAUUCAGGCUGACUUUCAGGUCAGGAAGCAGCCAAUCCUGGGUAAAGUGUUAGCCCCCAAUAAUAAUAUUAGUUGUGUACCCGAAGGUUAUACAUUUGGUAUGUUAAAACGACCAGAAAAUCUUCCUGAAUGUCUUACUUUCUGUGAGUUGAACCCUGGUCGGGUAUUUUUCCGAAAAUGUUUAGGACAUCUUAACUCUUUACGUAAGAUUUUGUCUACUCGAUUUUUACCAACAUUCUUCAAAAAGGCUUACUAUAACCUGAAAUAUUUUGAUAAAGAAAAAUGUGGCUGGAUACCUAAAGAAAUAGUUUACGAGUAUUGUGGAUCAAAACUCAUUAGAUUCGAUCCUAGUUUAAUCGAACCUUUAUUGUGCAUGUGGAAGGCUUUCGACGGUUCCAAAAUUGAGUACAAAACAUUUUCUCACAUUUUAAACUUUAAGGAACCUUUGCCGGAACUUCCUAAAGUGCCUGAUCUUCAUCCAGACUGCUUAGAUUUUCGGACCACUUAUGGGGAAAUGGUGAAACCUGGCCAAGACCCCGGACCACUGAUGAGAGCAGGAUUACCUUCAGGUAGAUACAUGGAUACGGAUUAUCCUGUAACGCCUGAGGGGUAUUGCAAAGCUCAUAGAACUUGUUUACCACACGAGUCAGAUAUGAACUCAUGUUUAAAGCCGAGCAUAUUGACAUUGGUGCAUGUCAGCCACCGCGACUUGUAUGCAAAACGUGAGCCGCAUGUGGUUCGUAGGGUGUUUGAGGCGGCGGGAGAUACGUUCACUGAGGAAAAAUUCAACGCCAUUUGGGAAGAAGCUAAAAAGUAUCAUUCACUGGGAUGGGUCUGCUAUGAAACUUUCCGAAAAGCGUUGGAAAGUUAUAAAGAAACGUAA